CACAACCACACACAAAGCACAGCAGGUGUGCAACACUAGCUGCAAGCACAAGAAGUAGGCAGCAAUGGCGAGGCAUCGCCUCCUCGCCAUGAUCCUCAUUGGGGUAGUUGCAGCCUCCACUCUCAACCAAGCUGCCGCGGCUGACCGAGGCCUUCCUGCUGUCGAAAUUUUUGCAGAGAUAGAGCCAAAGCCAGAACCCAAACCAGAGCCAAUGUCCAAACCUACACCACAACCAGAGCCAGAGCCCUGCAAACCUGAACCGAUGCCGAAACCAAAGCCUGAAGAAAAGCCUGGAGAGAAGCCCGAACCAGAACCCAAGCCCAAGCCAAUGCCAAAACCAAAGCCUGAGCCCUGCUCCAAACCAAAGCCAGAUCCUAAGCCCGAGCCGAUGCCGAAACCCGAACCAAAGCCGGAGCCCGAGCCUAAACCUGAACCACCUCCGAAGUGCAAACCACCGGCAGCUCACGACUGAUGGGAUACUUAUAUAUGAGAGUUGAUGGAGGAGGAGACCCCGUACCAAGCCCCACUGUGCUAUUUCUAGAAUAAGUGGUGUAGUAGUAUUCCCUGUAUUCCAUUUCAUUCUAUUUUUCCAUAUACGCGUGAUGAGUACUAGUACUCUGUAAUUACUAGUAUUUGCUUGUUGGUAUAUGUUCAUCUACUUUGUAUGGGA